UUAAAGCCACUGAAUUGGAAGGGAUUUCAUAAUAAGGAAAGUAACGUUGUGGCUCAAGUACUAAAACAUGUCGUACACUACAUGGGUUUUGGUUAUUGAAUCUGUUCUAAUUAUAACAGUAAACGUCAUAACAAUCGUCAUAUUUACGACCACGUUGCGCCUGCGCAMAAGACAGUAUGUAUUGAUAAUCAGCCUCGCWGUGGCUGAUCUUUUAGUGGGACUUAUUUCCGUGCCAAUGCACAUUGUUUACGAAGAAGAGCAUCUAGUUUCCAAUCAACCUUGGUUAUCACGUCUUUAUUAUGCACAAGAUACGUUCUUUGGAGCGGCUUCCUUAUUUGGUUUGGCAGCGUUGGCCAUUGAACGAGCACAUGCAACAUUCGCGCCGUUCAAGCAUCACACCUUGACCAAUGUCCCGUAUGUUGUUGGGAUCAUUAUAAUGUGGGUGGUACCUUUUGCUGCAAGUGCAGUGCCCUUUGCAUUUGACAAUGAAGCCAUAAUAGGAGUGCCACGAAUUGGGACUAUUGCCAUUUCACUUAUAAUAAUAGUCACGGCUUACCUCCUCAUUUUUAUCAACGUCCGUUGCUUGGCAACUCAACAAUCUCAUAACAUGACCGACCAUGGCAACAAGAAGCUCACCGCAACCAUAGCAAUUGUUACUAUUCUUAGCCUUAUGACGUGGGCCCCAUAUCAAUCUGCUGUUAUUUUUCAUUUAAUUAAGAAAAGCAAAACGAAAACGUCCUGGUUGGUGCGAAACACAACGAAGCUUAUCAUCUACGCGAACUCCCUCGUAAACUUCUUUAUCUACGCGUGGCGAAUGAGGGAAUUCAAGAGGGAAAUCAUUCGCAAAAUGAAAUGCUGUAGCAAGAUAACUCCAGAAGAAGAUAUUGAGAUACAGGAAAAUAACCAACCAGCAACAUCAACAAGACAGUCGAAGUGAAAUGAAUCAGAAUCAUCACCGACAUUUAUAUUGGUUGUCAAGGAAUUACGACUUUUAAGACUUAAAAAAAUCAAAACAUUGCUAUUUGUAAAUACUUUAACUAGUCAAAAAAGGCUCAACAUUGCACAAAACACAGAUCAAGAUCGUUUGCAAGUUAAUACAUUUCUUUAGCAGCCUUUUUACUUUAAAAAUGAUCCUUUCCUUGUCCAUCUUUCCGUAUCUAGUAACCUUACCUUUUUCUGUAUUACUUUAAUAUAAUGAGCUUUAUAACUUGCUUUUCUAGGGCAAAUUUUCAUUACAAACAGUUGCAGCUGUGUCUAGUAAACGUCAGCAUACGCAGUCGAGUUUGCAGAUCUUGUGAAUGAUUAAGCACAAUCUAAAU